AUGAAACAGAGGAGAACCUUCCCAGCAAUGGCCGACCCACCAAAAGACCUCAUAAAUGACCCGUCUAGGGCCGACCCACCAAAAGACCUCAUAAACGACCCAUCUAGGGCCGACCCACCAAAAGAUCUCAUAAACAACCCAUCUAGGGCCGACCCACCAAAAGACCUCAUAAACUACCCGUCUAGGGCCGACCCACCAAAAGAUCUCAUAAACGACCCGUCUAGGGCCGACCCACCAAAAGAUCUCAUAAACGACCCAUCUAGGGCCGACCCACCAAAAGACCUCAUAAACGACCCAUCUAGGGCCGACCCACCAAAAGACCUCAUAAACGACCCAUCUAGGGCCGACCCACCAAAAGACCUCAUAAACAACCCAUCUAGGGCCGACCCACCAAAAGACCUCAUAAACUACCCGUCUAGGGCCGACCCACCAAAAGACCUCAUAAACGACCCGUCUAGGGCCGACCCACCAAAAGAUCUCAUAAACGACCCAUCUAGGGCCGACCCACCAAAAGACCUCAUAAACGACCCAUCUAGGGCCGACCCACCAAAAGAUCUCAUAAACGACCCAUCUAGGGCCGACCCACCAAAAGACCUCAUAAACAACCCCUCUAGGGCCGACCCACCAAAAGACCUCAUAAACUACCCAUCUAGGGCCGACCCACCAAAAGAUCUCAUAAACAACCCCUCUAGGGCCGACCCACCAAAAGACCUCAUAAACUACCCGUCUAGGGCCGACCCACCAAAAGACCUCAUAAACGACCCGUCUAGGGCCGACCCACCAAAAGAUCUCAUAAACAACCCGUCUAGGGCCGACCCACCAAAAGAUCUCAUAAACGACCCGUCUAGGGCCGACCCACCAAAAGACCUCAUAAACGACCCGUCUAGGGCCGACCCACCAAAAGACCUCAUAAACGACCCGGCCGACCCACCAAAAGACCUCAUAAACGACCCGUCUAGGGCCGACCCACCAAAAGAUCUCAUAAACGACCCUUCUAGGGCCGACCCACCAAAAGAUCUCAUAAACGACCCGUCUAGGGCCGACCCACCAAAAGACCUCAUAAACGACCCGUCUAGGGCCGACCCACCAAAAGACCUCAUAAACGACCCGUCUAGGGCCGACCCACCAAAAGACCUCAUAAACGACCCCUCUAGGGCCGACCCACCAAAAGACCUCAUAAACGACCCAUCUAGGGCCGACCCACCAAAAGAUCUCAUAAACGACCCAUCUAGGGCCGACCCACCAAAAGACCUCAUAAACGACCCAUCUAGGGCCGACCCACCAAAAGAUCUCAUAAACGACCCAUCUAGGGCCGACCCACCAAAAGACCUCAUAAACGACCCAUCUAGGGCCGACCCACCAAAAGAUCUCAUAAACGACCCAUCUAGGGCCGACCCACCAAAAGACCUCAUAAACAACCCGUCCAGGGCCCCACUGUAG